GUGUGACAUUAUAUUUUUUUCUCCUUCUUGGUGUUAUUUUAGAUGGAUUUUCCUGUGUGCAAACUAGUGCUAUGUAUUCAGGAAUUCAUUGCAUUGAGAGUGAAAAAAAUGCUCUUAUAAAGUUCAAGCAUGGUUUCAAGAAUCCAUCACAGAGCAUGUUGUCUUGGAUGCUCGAGGAGAACUGCUGCAGCUGAAAAGGUGUUGAAUGCGACAACACAACCGGGCACGUCAUCACUCUUGAUCUGCGCAAGCAAUUGUUGCAAGGUGAGUCCGGGAUUUCUUUGCCUGACUUACCCUAUUUAAGACACUUAGACCUGAGCCAAAAUGAUUUCCGCGGGGCACAGAUUCCUGAGUUUAUUUCCACUUUCAAGAACCUAGAGUAUCUCAAUUUGUCAAGUUCCAAGUUUGGAGGAACAAUUCUUGAACAUCUUGGGAAUCUGUCACGCUUGCAGUUUCUUGAUCUCAGUGGUGAUUCUUCACUCCGGGUCAAUAACCUUCAAUGGCUUCAGCACCUCUUCUCUAUGAAGAUUCUUGACUUAAGUGAUGUUGACAUGAGCAGCGCGAAAAACUGGCUACAUGACAUCAAUUUGCUAACUUCUCUCUCAGAAUUACGUUUGUCUGCUUGUCAGCUUGCUACACUUUCUAAAUCGCUUCCCGCUUUUGUGAAUUUCACAUCCUUACAAAUUCUUGACCUCUCAUUAAACCAUUUUUAUGGUCCUAUUCCUAGCUGGUUGUUCAAUACAAGCCACAGUCUUGUUCAUCUUAAUCUCACAAGAAGUGAGCUGGGUGGUUUACUUCCAAAUGCCUUUUGGCAACAUGCGUUCACUUAGAACUCUUGAUCUUUCUGGGAACUCUUUCGUACGCAACCUUCCACAUUCCCUAGAGAAUAUGAGUUCAGUUACCUUUCUUAAUCUCUCAAGAAACUCCUUUACGGGCAAUUUACCACCAACCCUGCCAUCAAAGCUGAAAUACUUGGAUUUUUCUGAUAAUCUAAUGGAGGGUCCUUUAGCGAGAAGCAUCACACAACUUAAGCAAUUAGUUGUCCUCGAUGUUGCUGGGAACUCUUUCAAUGACUCGAUUACAGAACAUUUCUUGAAUUUCACUGACUUGAGAGUGUUAGAUUUGUCAUCCAACUCAUUUAUCCUCUAUCUAAGUGAAAAUUGGAGGCCUCGCUUUCAACUUGACUUUAUAAGCCUGCAGUCUUGCGGACUAGGUACACAGUUUCCCCAGUGGAUUCAGACACAAAAGGAGUUGUCAUUUAUUGAUAUCUCUCGUGCUAACAUCUUAGGUGAAGUGCCUGAUUGGUUCUGGAAUCUUUCUGCGAAGACAUAUCACAUAGACCUUUCGCAAAACAAUUUCACAGGGGAAGUGCCUGAAUUGACAGAAAGAGUUAAUCUUACAAAAUUGGACCUGAGUGAAAAUAAUUUUCAUGGUCCUUUGCCUCAUUUUUCACCCAAGAUGAUGAACUUGAUUUUGGCAAAGAAUCUCUUUAAUGGUACUAUUGCUCCUGUAUGUGAAUCACUUGUCAUGAAUAAUUCUCUCGGUCUUCUAGACCUAUCUUCAAAUUCACUAUCAGGACAACUUUCAGACUGUUGGAGCUAUGGGAAUAAUCUGGAAUUAUUGAAUUUAGCCCACAAUAACCUAUCCAGGGAGAUACCUCAUUCAAUCGGAGAUCUUGCUAAACUCUUGAAUCUGAAAUUGCGGGACAACAUUUUCUCCAAAAAUCUGCCUUCAUCAUUGAAGAAGAUAGCUGGACUAAAAAUUCUUGAUGUUUCUGAAAAUAGUUUAUCUGGAAAUAUAUCACCUUGGUUAGGGGAGAGUUUAAAUACUUUAGAGAUUCUUGUAUUAAGCAGAAACAAGUUUGGCGGAAAUAUUCCCUCGCAGAUUUGCCAGCUUAAAUACCUGUAUAUGCUGGACCUUAGUUCCAACGCUCUAUCAGGAGCUAUUCCAAGGUGUUUUGAAAAUCUCCGCACCAUGUCCGAGGUAUAUGGUCCCUAUGCAGAUUACUGGAAGUUCGUGGCAAUUGAUCUAGCGGAGAACCAUUUAUCAGGGGAAAUUCCCAUGGAAAUCACCAGCCUUACUGCACUGAGGUCUCUGAAUUUAUCUAGAAAUAAUUUCACAGGAGCAAUUCCACGUGACAUUGGCAACUUGCUAAUGUUGGAAUCUCUCGAUCUUUCCAGGAACAAGCUGUCAUGCUCCUUUCCUCCCAGUAUCGCAGAACUUCUCAAUCUUCAGGUUGUGAAUUUUUCUUUCAAUUAUUUGACAGGAAAAAUUCCAUCUGGACGUCAAUUCGAUACCUUCAAGAAGAAUUCUUAUGUUGAGAAUCCAAACUUGUGUGGGUUCCCAGUCUCACGAGUGUGCCCCGAUCAUUUACUUGAGGACAUAACGUACUGUAAUAAUGAGCAGGAGGUGCAGGCCGUUCAACACGGAGAAAACAACAACUGGCUCGAGGAAUCUUCGUUCUACAUUAGCAUGGGAAUCGGAUUCAAUACAGGUUUCUGGGUAUUUUGGGCUACUCUAAUGCGGAAAAAGUCUUGGAGACAUGCCUAUAUGAGGUGCCUGGAAAACAUGGGCAACAAUAUUUAUGUAUUUGCUGCUACCAGAUUGAAAAUUAACUAGCAGCAAUAAAGGUGAGCAAGGGAAACCAUCAAAAAGGUUGAAGUUUGUCCAAAUCGAGCUACUCCUUUUACCUUCCUGUAUCUUUUCUUAUAUUUGGUUUUGUAAAAUCUUCUUACUUAUUAUGUUUUUGUGUAUGCUUAGUUGCAUAUUUUCUUUUACGUUCUUCAUUUUCUUUUAUAAUA